GCCAUUAAUUGUGAGAGUUCUCCCACUGUUCGACGUCAGGAUUGGUGGGCUGAGUAUUCCAUGUGGUGUUCCAAACCAGUUUAGGUACCCAACAGUAAUUUCAUUGGCUUAUGUACUUCGUUCGAGAUCGGUUGUGAAUAUCGUGGAGUUUGUCGUAUCUUAUGCAAACUGAACUGUUUAAUUAGGACUUUUGCAUAAAUAUAAAAGGAAGACAUUGGCCUUACACUCCCCAGUGUGAUUCUGGCAAUUAUAGAACGUUUUUUCGUACAAGAUUAGCGACAUUUUCUUUUACUUUUCCGUUUGCGGUUUGCUACUUCGGUCUGCUCAGUAGUUCCCUAAUACUGAUAGAUUUAUUUUAUUUUCGUAUAUACGCGGUCUUCCUCAAUCUUGAAAAAUGCUGAAAAGUGGAAAUAAAAAGAUCCAUGGUGAUACCAUCGAAAUGAGAGAAGUGGCUGCUCGACUGUGUAGAGACUAUCUUCACGGAGCCUGGAAAAAAGUAACUGCUCAAAGUAUCGGCUUCAAACAUAUUAGUGGUGGACUCUCAAAUCAUUUGUACCACGUUUCCUUACCGAUCGACUUUUACGAUUCGUAUGAAGACAAUAAGAAAACUGUAAGUCAGGAGCCUAAAGACGUGCUUAUUCGAAUUUAUGGGCAAACUCAUGGAGAAGGUGCACUUGAGGCCUUAAUCACUGAAAGUGUUAUUUUCACGUUAUUGAGUGAAAGAGGUUUGGGUCCGAAACUUCAUGGAGUUUUUCCCGGAGGCCGUUUGGAACAAUACAUAAAUGCACGUCCACUUCUCAAUACAGAACUAGCUGACCCAAGACUGUCGGUUCAAAUCGCCCAAAAAAUGGCAGCUUUGCAUUCCAUGCAGGUGCCUUUACAUAAAGAGCCAACAUGGUUGUGGGGUACCAUUGCUCGGUGGCUGCUAACUUGUGAUACAAAGCUGAAGAGUAAUAACCUUCCUAAGAAAGUGCGAGAACUGUUGGAUAAUGUCGAUCUUCGAGCGGAAUCUAAAUGGCUGCGACAAAGAAUGGAACAAGAGAAAAGCCCAGUUGUAUUUUGUCACAAUGAUAUGCAAGAAGGAAAUAUUCUGCUGAAUAUGGAUCAUGAUAAAGAAAAUAACCCAGAAGAAUCUCAGUUAAUGAUUAUCGAUUUCGAAUAUUGUUCUUAUAAUUAUCGAGGUUUUGACAUUGCAAAUCACUUCAUCGAGUGGGUGUACGAUUACAAAGAAGAUAACUAUCCUUACUACAAAGAAGAUUAUUCUAAUUACCCAACCGAGCUACAACGACUUCUUUUCAUCAGAGCUUAUCUGAACGAAAAAGGAUCUCGGGAACAACCCAAAAAACUGCUCAAAGAAGUCGAAGUUUUCACUCUAGCCACGAACUUCUUCUGGUCGCUUUGGGCUUUUAUCAAUGCAGAUACUUCGGAAAUUCCCUUUGGAUAUUGGGAUUAUGGUUGCUCAAGACUGACUGGAUACUUGAAACUCAAAGAACGUCUAUCAUGCAACCUUCAAAUCAAGAGAAAGGUGGAAUGGUUGUCUUCAGAGUAAGUUAAUUCGCACAAUCCUGAAAUCGAAGUCAUAACGGAGCCUUCUUGGGUGAGAUAGAGAUGGCAAGCGUGUACUCAAUAUCAAAUCAAUAUGUCCUCAACAUUUUUAAAUAACGGAUUUCGCAAAAUCUAUUUGAGGACAUGGAUUUUCCUAGGAUUAACAUUCGCAAUUUUGCAAACCUUUGGGUACCAGUGCAAUUUACAUUUCAAAAUAUACUGGAAAUUAAUAUUUUGUUUUUGUACACGCGUUGCUGGCAAUAGUCCGUUUGUUGUUUCAGUAAAAAAGUACAUUUUACAUGCUUUAUACUUUGCAAAUAUAACUGGAAUCAUGCAUCAUAUAUCAGUUAUAAUUACUUUCUCUAGAUCUAAUAUUUAACAUAGAUAUUCUCCAUUUGUUUACUUCGACCCUUCGAUAGGGCCAUUAAUAAACAAAGAUGGAGAACAACGGCCAGCAGAAUUUUAUUCAAGAAGUUCAGUUGAUUUCCUGUUCCAGAAGAUUCCAUUUAUGUUUCUUUACCCAAAGAAAAUAUAUUUUCAAUGCUUGAUAAGCACCGAUAUUAAAAAUGGUUGAAUUAAAAUCCAAUGAUAAAUACCCAUUUCUACAAACAGCCUCUACCUAUAUUAGUCGUAGUAAACUGACUGUGAAUUGUGUGAAGAAAAUAAUCACAAUUUGUGAUAUUUAAUGUCGAUAUAAGUAGUUUUAAUUUUUAGAUAAUAUCAUACAGGGUUUGGUUUUACAUUAUGUUACUUUGGUGAUUAUUAGUUAAAAAUUGAAAUAAACGGACACGCGAUAGAGUAACUAGCUCCUACGCAAUUUUAUCGAAUAUUAUAGAAUCACUCUUUUAGAUCUUACAAGCACAUUUGCGCCUUCGUAUUUCAAAGAUUGUCGUUGCAUUAAGCAUUAAACAUAAUCGAAAUAAAAGAUGAACCAGAAAUGCAAACGGGUUGUAUUGUCUUUUUUGUAACGUUUUUAUUGACUACACGUUCCACUGCAAGGAUGACGCAUAAAAAUCAACCUUUGUGAUAAUAUAACACGGCAAUAAAAACGUUAUACAUUAGUAAUAACUCUCGUCAGAUUUAAAAGUUACUUAAGUACAAAGUUGUUAUGAUUUUAUUUUAUUUAUCGUAUUAUCUAUUUUCGAAUGAUGUAUUAUGUAUUUAUAUUGAGUACAAUAUUUUCAAAGUUUAAGCAUAUAUAUUCGUACACUGGCAGUGCAUUUAAUAGUUUUAAUCAUAUACUUUAUGAUGAAAAAUACUAAUAAGUUUUACGAUAUUUGUAGUAGUUUAAAAUUUUCUUAACAUUCAAGACUGAUAUUUUGAGGUCUGAAUUGUAGUGCAUUUAUCUAUUUACUAUGCAACCUUACUCAUGGUUUACUAAGUGUAAAUAAUUUUAUUUACCAUACAUGUCUGUAUUUGUUUUAUUCGAAAAUAAAGGCUAAAGAAUAACAACAAA